AUGGCGCCCGUGCUGAGCAGGAGCUUGGGCACUCCCUCCACGGCGGCCCUCCUCUUCUCUUCUUCCUCCUCCCCGUUGGCGACGAGCAGCAGUAGAGCGUCUUCCCUGGGUUUCGGAGGCUCUCUUUCCUCACGGUCUCUGGGCAGGAAGAGCUUCUCCGCCCGUCUGCGAUGGAAUAAGGAGAAGAGGGAGAGCCGGGGGGUUGUCCGGUGCGAUGCAGCGGUGGCCGAGAAGGAUGCCACCGAAGAUGCUCCCGGUGAGAAGUACGAGUACCAGGCUGAGGUGAGGAACUGUUAUGCUCUUCAUCCACCAUGGCCUCUCCUCGCGUCGGAUAUAGUGAACCCCCCCCCGAUUUCGAGGAAAAAUCGCCUAUUGUGUAUCAUGUUCUUCCGAGCCGCAUCAAGGUUUAUUUGGCUACCAGUGCCGAUAUUCCUUCGUAUCUAUCAGGGGAAGUCAAACUCGGCUGCGGAACGAUUUGACAUGAUAUCGCUGUUCUUUUUUCUGGCUCGCUGACAAAAAAAAUUGUGGUUCUUCCUUUCGAUUCUCAAUUGACUCCUUAUUUCAUCACCAUACUAGAGUGAUUUUCAAACGAGUAGUCCAUAUUCUCGUGAUAUAUAUUCUUCUUCUUCUUUCGCGUGUAAGUGUUGUUGAUGUCGUUAUCAACGUUAUUAUGCUGCAUGCCUAUCUUUCUGAGAUUGGUGUCAUUCUUCCUUAUUGGUUCCGCCAGUAAGCUCGAGAUGAUUUGGAUGUCUUGUGAUGUUUUCUUAAGACUCUUUGAACAGGAAUGUCGAAUUAACUUGUUAUUUUCACGCUUAAAAUUUCUUCAUGUUGAUUCAAUUGGGAAUCUGCCGGGUUAGAAGUGUUGAAUUAUUGAAUAUUGAUAACUCUGACUUUGUUCCUGUAAGUAAGCGUCUCAGCUGAAUGCCUGUUCCCCUUAAACUUGUUCUUUCUAUCUUUUUCAGGUUAGCCGCCUGAUGGACUUGAUUGUUCACAGUUUGUACAGCCACAAGGAGGUUUUUCUGCGUGAACUUGUGAGGUUAGUUCUAUCAUCUCCCUUCCCCCCUAUCCCCACAUACGUCUGACCCACAUUUUUUUUUCCUCUUGAUGUAAUGCUCUUGAACAUGGUAGUAAGCAUAUUUCUCAUGUUCCUAGUUUGAAACUUGAUGGUUUAUCUUCUUCUCAUCUUUAAUCAGAUGAACCAGUAGUUUUAUACCUUAAACUCUCUCAUUUUUAGCUUUCCUGAGUCCGGCUGAUUGAUGUCUUCUUCAGCUUCUACUAUAUGUACUGAUAUCCGAUCGAUGCUGUUUCAGUAAUGCGAGCGAUGCCCUGGACAAAUUAAGAUUUCUAAGCGUUACAGAUUCUUCCCUUCUUGGUGAUUCGGGCGAACUGGAGAUCCGCAUCAAGCCCGACUCAGAGAAUGGAACCAUUACCAUCUCGUGAGAUCCCGUUAUCCCCCUACAUCCUAUACUUCCUUCUUUACGAUUCAUGGGGCCUCUAAAAUGACUUCUUGGACUUGCAGUGACACUGGAAUUGGGAUGACGAAGGAAGAACUGAUCGACUGUCUUGGAACUAUCGCCCAGAGUGGAACAUCUAAAUUCCUGAAGGCUCUGAAGGUGUUUCCUUUGCUCUUCUUCGCAUCUAUGCACUUUCUGAAGAUUCAAAAACUAAUCUUGAUAUGACCUCUUGACAGGAAAAUAAGGAUGUUGGAGCUGACAAUGGUUUGAUCGGUCAGUUUGGUGUCGGAUUCUAUUCAGCUUUUCUUGUUGCAGACAGGGUAUGCCAGACAUUACAGAUUAGGAAAAUUUUGCGUUUAUUUCUUCCUAUGGUUUCGUACCUUGACAAUUGUAAAGAAUUACUGAAGCGAUUUUUAUUUUUUUUUGGAUUUCUGUUGAAACGGCCAUGGAUUCUGAUUUCAGAAAGUUUUUUUUUUUAAAAGUGUGAUCAUCAUUUCUUUUCGAUUAUUCCAUUUUUAUUCAUUUUAUGGCAAAAUGUCUUUAGGUGGUUGUGUCAACAAAGAGUCCAAAAUCCGAUAAGCAGUAUGUCUGGGAAGCUGUGGCCGACAGCAGUGCAUAUGUUAUAAGGGAAGAGACUGAUCCCGAGAAGCUUCUUCGUCGAGGGACCCAAAUAACUCUUUACUUGAGGGUAUGUAAGUUGUAUUCAUUUAUUUGUUAUUUUCCUUCUGUGAGCUAUGUACUUGUAAUUUAUUGAUGGGUCUCUUCAUAUUCUACUGUCCUCCAGUCAGAUGACAAGUUUGAGUUCGCGGAGCCAACAAGAAUUCAGGGGUUGGUGAAGAACUACUCACAGUUUGUUUCCUUCCCCAUUUACACUUGGCAGGAGAAAUCAAGAACCGUGGAGGUAGUGAUAAAAGAUUUCCCAGUAGUUGAUCUUAUAUAUUAAUUUUAUCAGUAUUUUCGUACUUUUUACUCCUCUCUCUCUCUCUCUCUCUCUCUCUCUCUCUCCCCUUCCUCCCUAAUCUCCGAUGUUAUGGCUUGUAGGUAGAAGAGGAAGAGAAGGCAGAUGAAGGUGAAGAAGCAAAGGCUGAGGUGAUGCCCUUGAUAGUCUAGUAAUCCUCAUUUGGAUUUCCUGGGACUCUGUGCUCGAGUCAACUUGCCUGACACCUGCAUGUGUCCACAGGGGGAAACGAAAAAGAAAACCAAGUCGGUCACUGAAAAAUAUUGGGACUGGGAGUUGGCCAAUGAGACGAAGCCUAUCUGGGUAAGAUUUAGAUAAUAGAUUCAGAUUACUGUAAAUAUUGCAUUCCUGUAUCGAUUUCUUCUAAGCUUAUUGUGGCAUAUGUGUCUACUUAGGUUUAUGGCUGUAUUUAUAUGGAUGGCAUAAUAUCUACUAAUCUUCUAUUACUUAGUUUUUCUAUGUAUAGGGUUCUUUGACCAUCUCACUGGUGCCCUGCUGGUUUUUUUUUUGUCCCUUUCAUUUAAAGCUUAUCCUUCCCAACUCCGUUAGAUUUUUACUUUAUAUAGUCAUCCAUCACCAGAUGCGGAGCGCAAAGGAGGUGUCAAAGGAGGAAUACAAUGAAUUCUACAAGAAGACAUUCAAUGAAUUCUUGGACCCCCUCGGAUACACUCACUUCAACACAGAGGUGUGCUUUGUGGAUGGCUUUGAGGUUUUGUCUCAUGUAUGCCCGUUUUUCGUAUAAGCAGUGAUAUUUUUUUUUUUCUUUUUUUUAACAGGGUGAAGUGGAAUUCAGAAGCGUCCUAUAUAUACCUGGGAUGGCUCCCCUCAACAACGAGGACGUGGUCAACCCCAAGACGAAGAACAUUCGCCUGUAUGUGAAGCGUGUCUUCAUCUCAGAUGACUUUGAUGGCGAGCUGGUGCGCAAACCCACAGUCUCUACCAUGAAGAGAGAGAAAGAAAUAUUCCGUUAUCAUUGAGAAAAGUUAAAGCAAUUGUCUUCCCUGUGCAGUUCCCUCGGUACUUGAGCUUUGUGAAGGGUGUCGUCGAUUCCAAUGAUCUGCCUCUCAAUGUUUCCCGUGAGAUUCUUCAAGAAAGUCGAAUAGUAAGUCUGAUGAUUGCCUGGUGAGCAAAUUCCUGCUAGAUCUGAGCCUCUUGAUGACAGUUUUACCUCUAAAUUCUCCAGGUGAGGAUCAUGAGGAAGAGGCUCGUUAGGAAAACCUUCGACAUGAUUCAGGAGAUAUCAGAGGGCGAGAACAAGGAGGUAGUUUCAUUCUGUGUCAAUAUUAUAUUUUCUUUUUUAUAAAAAUAAUUGUGGCCGAUUUACAUCGAUGCCCUGUAGGAUUACAAGAAAUUCUGGGAGAACUUUGGGAAGCUUCUGAAGCUGGGCUGCAUUGAGGACUCGGGUAAUCACAAGCGCCUCGCGCCACUGUUGAGGUUCCAUUCUUCCAAGAACGAGGACGAUUUGAUAAGCUUGGACGAGUAUGUGGAGAACAUGGGAGAGAACCAGAAGGCCAUCUACUACCUGGCCACAGACAGCCUAAAGAGCGCCAAGACAGCUCCUUUCCUGGAGAAAUUAGUCCAGAAGGACAUCGAAGUAUGCACUGUUCACUGUACAAGGUUCGAUUCUUUGUAACUUUCUCUCGUGCUCACAUGGUCUGUGUCUUCUUAUUGCUUCCCCCAGGUCCUCUACCUGGUCGAGCCUAUCGAUGAGGUCGCAAUCCAGAACCUGCAGACCUACAAAGAGAAGAAAUUUGUUGAUAUCAGUAAAGAAGACCUUGAAUUGGGUGAGUCUCCCUGCUCUGGAUCCCCUCUCUCUCUGUGUAUAUCUAUCUUUCUCUCUCUCUCUCUCUCUCUCCCCCCCCCCCCCUUCCACACUUAUAGUGAUCUGAGAUCCCAAACCAGGUGAUGAGGAUGAGGUGAAGGACAGAGAGAACAAGCAGGAGUACACUCUUCUGUGCGACUGGUUGAAGCAGCAGCUUGGUGACAAGGUAGCCAAAGUCCAAGUCUCAAAGAGGCUCAGCUCUUCGCCCUGUGUGCUUGUCUCUGGGAAGUUUGGUUGGUCUGCCAACAUGGAAAGGUAGCGUGACCCGUCGCGAUCACUCCCUCAAACUGCUUGCCCGGCCAGAUUGAUCUUGCUGAAGGGGUUUGGUUUCUUGUAGGCUGAUGAAGGCACAGACUCUUGGAGACACAUCCAGCUUGGAGUUCAUGAGAGGCCGUCGAAUCCUGGAGAUCAACCCCGAUCACCCGAUCAUCAAGGACCUGAAUGUGAGAUCUUUAAUCCAUCCGGGUGUUUCCAAAGCAGUUUCCUUUGUAGUCGAUAGGGAUGUGAAUUGGCCUGGUUUCCUAUCUGGGUUGCCCUGUACUCUGGCUAAGUCUUCCUCCACCUGUCCAAAAUUGCAAUCUAGCUAGCCAGCUACCUGCUGGAUGGUCUUUAUUCUUCCUGUUUUCUGGGCUUUCUGACUUUGCCAGCUCGUCUCCCUGCUGCAAAGCUUGCUCAUUUACCUUUGAAGAGGACGACACUAAUAUCAGAUUUUUUUUCUUCUUCUCGUGUAUAGGCUGCAUGCAAGAACGACCCCAACAGCAGUGAAGCAACGAGAGCCGUCGACUUGCUAUAUGACACUGCCCUGAUCUCCAGUGGCUUCACUGUAAGUCUCCUUUCUCCUCUCGUUCCCAUACUCUGGCCAUCUCCCGCUUACCCUUUCGGGAAAAUGCGUGGUGCAGCCUGACAGCCCUGCGGAGCUGGGCAACAAGAUAUAUCAGAUGAUGGCGAUCGCCCUCGGAGGCAGAUGGGGGAGGCCGGAAGACGAAGAGGAAGAUGCUUCACCGGCGGAAGCCGAGGAAGGCGAUGCGAGCUCAGCGGCCGGGGCCGAGGUGGUGGAGCCCUCGGAGGUGAGGACGGAGACCGACCCAUGGAAGGAUUAG